GCUAUGGAAGAGAUUGCUGAAGUUAUUCCAAGGAAACACUUACAGUUUGGUAAAAAAAGGAAGUAGCCCUUUAUUGCCUUUAGGGCAGGUUUCUUGGUGUACAGGUAGCCAAAAAGAAGCCUUAUGUAGCUUUGGACGAUGAUUAGGUGCUGUGUUUACAGACACACUGGGCAGGUGUGCAGGCUGUGCAGGGCGCAGGCAUGUGUGGGCCGUGUGCAGAGAUAUCUACAGUGUCACACAACAGUGUGAUGAGUGAGAGGCUGCUAGUUGAUAGGGCUGACGUGGACUGACGUCGGGUAUAGAUAGGCAAAAGCAGAUAGGUACGCAGCAGUGUCCAGCCUCCCAAGUUCCUGAAGCCGGCCACCAGACUGAAGACACAGCUUCUCCUGCUGGCUCAGUUGCAGAAGGAUGCCUUCCCCUGCUAAUUAGGGGACACUUUGAAAGCAUUUCCUUCUAGCAUGACUGGCAAGUCUGGUGAAGUUGAACUGCUUUAGUGGGGAUCAAAGCUGCGCCUGUGACUGCAACCAUAGCAAUGGAGAAAGCCAAAAAUGAAGCACCCCAAGACCCUGAGCAGUCCUUCCUUGCAACUCUGAGUGACCCACAGGUGACCCUGCUGUCUAUCCACAAGUGGUGGUCCUUCAGGAGGAGCCCUGGGGCCAGGGCCCUGGCCAGGCCAGUGUCUUCAGAGGAAGGUGCCCACUCUUCUCCAUCAGGGAGAGAAUUUCCACGGGGAGCUUUGAAUGGAACCUGUGAAAUGAGUUCUCAUCAGAUCUUACCUAAACUUUCUUUGCCUGCUCACUCUUGGAAACAAGCAAUGAAGCAGAGUUUUGCCUUUGACAAUGUUGGGUAUGAAGGGGGUGUGGACAACAUGUGCCCUUCUCCGACGAUAACCAGCACCAUCAGCAUUUUGGGCAUGACUUGCCAAUCCUGUGUCAAGUCCAUCGAGGGCACGAUUUCUAGUUUGAAGGGCAUUGUGAACAUUAAAGUUUCCUUGGAACAAGGCAACACAACUGUGAAAUAUGUACCAUCAGUCAUUAGCCUGCAACAGAUUUGCCACCAAAUUGGGGACAUGGGCUUUGAGGCCAGCAUGGCAGAGGGAAAGGCUUCCUCCUGGCCUUACAGGUCUUUAUCGGCCCAAGAGGCAGUAGUCAAGCUUCGGGUGGAAGGCAUGACCUGCCAGUCUUGUGUCAACUCCAUUGAAGGCAAGAUGCGGAAACUGCAUGGAGUAGUGAGAGUCAAAGUUUCACUGAGCAAUCAAGAGGCAGUCAUCACUUACCAGCCUUAUCUUAUUCAACCAGAAGACCUCAGGGACCAUGUCAAUGACAUGGGAUUUGAAGCUGCCAUCAAGAACAGAGUGGCUCCCUUAAGCCUGGGACCAAUUGACAUUGGCCGGUUACAAAGUGCUAACCCAAAGAGACCAUCAGCUUUUGCUAACCAGAAUCUCAACAACUCUGAGACCCUGGGGCACCAAGGAAGCCACAUGGCUACCCUGCAACUAGGAAUAGAUGGAAUGCACUGUCAGUCUUGUGUCUUGAAUAUUGAAGGAAAUAUAGGCCAACUCCCAGGGGUUCAACGUAUUCAAAUAUCCUUGGAGAACAAAACUGCCGAAGUACAAUAUGACCCUUCUUGUGUCACACCUGUGUCCCUACAGAGAGCCAUUGAGGCACUUCCACCUGGGAACUUUAAAGUUUCUCUUCUGGACGGAGCAGGAGGGAGUGGAGCAGGUGACGAGUCUUCCAGUUGUCAUUCCCCUGGCUCUCCUAACCAGGUGCAGGGCCAGUGCAGCUCUGUAGUGCUCAGUGUCACUGGCAUGACCUGUGUGUCCUGUGUGCAGUCCAUCGAAGGUAUGCUCUCCCAGCGAGAAGGGGUACAGCAAGUCUCUGUCUCUUUGGCUGAAAGGACUGCGACAGUUCUUUAUGAUCCCUCUAUAAUUAGCCCUGAAGAUCUCCGAGCUGCUGUAGAAGAUAUGGGAUUUGAGGCUUCAUUGAUUCCUGAAAACUGUUCUACCAACCACUACAGUGCUGGGAAUGCCAUGCUGCAAACUGUAGGUGACCCACCUGUGUCCGUGCAGGAAGUGACUCCGCAAGCCAGGGGGCCCCUUAGAAACCACAGCCCUGGCUACUCAUCACAUACGCCCCAAUCCACUGGAACAGUAGCACCACAGAAGUGCUUUUUACAGAUCAAAGGCAUGACCUGUGCAUCCUGUGUGUCUCACAUAGAAAGAAAUCUCCAGAAAGAAGCUGGUGUUCUCUCCAUCCUGGUCGCCUUGAUGUCAGGAAAGGCAGAAGUCAAGUAUAAUCCAGAGCUCAUCCAGCCACCUAAGAUCGCUCAGCUCAUCCAGGACCUGGGCUUUGAGGCAGCAGUCAUGGAGAACAAUGAGGACUCAGAUGGCGACAUUGAGCUGGUUAUCACAGGGAUGACCUGUGCUUCCUGUAUUCACAACAUAGAGUCCAGGCUCUCCAGAACCACUGGCAUCACCUAUGCCUCUGUGGCCCUUGCCACCAGCAAAGCCCAUGUGAAAUUUGAUCCAGAAAUUAUUGGUCCACGGGAUAUUGUCAGAAUUAUUAAGGAGAUUGGCUUCCAUGCUUCCCUGGCCCAGAGAAGGCCCAACGCUCAUCACUUGGACCACAAGAUGGAAAUAAAGCAGUGGAAGAAGUCUUUUCUCUGCAGCCUGGUGUUUGGCAUCCCUGUCAUGGGCUUAAUGAUCUAUAUGUUAAUACCCAGCAGUGACCCCCACGAGGCGAUGGUCCUGGACCACAGUCUCAUCCCAGGACUGUCUGUUCUGAACCUUACCUUCUUCAUCCUGUGUACAUUCGUCCAGUUCCUUGGCGGAUGGUACUUCUACAUCCAGGCCUACAAGUCUCUGCGGCACAGAUCAGCCAACAUGGAUGUGCUCAUCGUUCUGGCCACAAGCAUUGCCUAUGUCUACUCCCUGGUCAUCCUGGUGGUUGCGAUUGCUGAGAAGGCCGAGAAGAGCCCUGUGACAUUCUUUGACACCCCCCCAAUGCUCUUCGUGUUUAUUGCCCUGGGAAGGUGGCUGGAACACGUGGCAAAAAGCAAAACUUCGGAAGCUCUUGCCAAACUCAUGUCUCUCCAAGCCACAGAAGCCACAGUUGUGACCCUUGGUGAGGACAAUUUAAUCCUCAGAGAGGAGCAAGUGCCCAUGGAGCUGGUGCAGAGGGGUGAUGUCAUCAAGGUCGUACCCGGGGGGAAGUUCCCAGUGGAUGGGAAAGUCCUGGAAGGCAACACCAUGGCUGAUGAGUCCCUCAUCACAGGAGAAGCCAUGCCUGUCACUAAGAAACCUGGGAGCAUUGUGAUCGCCGGGUCUAUAAACGCUCAUGGCUCUGUGCUCAUUAAAGCCACCCAUGUGGGCAACGACACUACUUUGGCUCAAAUUGUGAAAUUGGUGGAAGAGGCUCAGAUGUCAAAGGCACCCAUUCAGCAACUGGCCGACCAGUUUAGUGGAUAUUUUGUUCCAUUUAUCAUCAUUAUUUCAACUUUGACGUUGGUGGUUUGGAUUGUAAUCGGUUUUAUCGAUUUUGAUGUUGUUCAAAAAUACUUUCCUAACCCCAGCAAGCACGUCUCACAGACAGAGUUGAUCAUCCGUUUCGCCUUCCAGACAUCUAUCACUGUGUUGUGCAUUGCCUGCCCCUGCUCCCUAGGGCUGGCCACACCCACAGCGGUCAUGGUGGGUACUGGGGUGGCCGCCCAGCAUGGCAUCCUCAUCAAGGGAGGCAAGCCUCUGGAGAUGGCACACAAGAUAAAGACCGUGAUGUUUGACAAAACUGGCACCAUUACCCAUGGGGUCCCCAGGGUCAUGCGAGUCCUGCUGCUUGUAGAUGUGGCUACACUGCCCCUCAGGAAGGUUCUGGCUGUGGUGGGCACUGCAGAGGCCAGCAGUGAGCACCCCUUGGGCUUGGCAGUCACCAAAUACUGUAAAGAGGAACUUGGAACAGAGACUUUGGGAUACUGCACGGACUUCCAGGCGGUGCCAGGCUGUGGAAUUGGCUGCAAAGUCAGCAAUGUGGACGGCAUCUUGGCCCAGAGUGAGCGCCCACUGAGUGGGCAGACUGGUCACCUGAAGGGGAUCGGCAGCCCUCCAGGAAAAGAUACAGUGCCCCAGACCUUCUCUGUGCUGAUUGGAAACCGUGAGUGGAUGAGGCGCAAUGGCUUAACCAUCUCCAGCGACGUCAGUGAUGCUAUGAUUGAUCAUGAGAUGAAAGGACAGACGGCCAUCCUGGUGGCUAUUGAUGGUGUGCUUUGCGGGAUGAUCGCCAUCGCAGACGCUGUCAAGCCUGAGGCUGCCCUGGCGGUACACACACUGAAAAGCAUGGGUGUGGAUGUGGUUCUGAUCACAGGGGACAACCGAAAGACAGCCAAAGCCAUUGCCACCCAGGUUGGUAUCAACAAAGUCUUUGCAGAGGUGCUGCCUUCUCACAAAGUGGCCAAGGUCCAGGAGCUGCAGAAUGAAGGGAAGAAAGUCGCUAUGGUGGGAGAUGGUGUAAAUGACUCCCCAGCCUUGGCCCAGGCCGAUGUGGGCAUUGCCAUCGGCACUGGCACAGACGUUGCCAUCGAGGCGGCAGAUGUGGUUCUCAUCAGAAAUGACUUACUGGACGUGGUCGCCAGCAUUCACCUCUCCAAAAGGACUGUCCGCAGGAUCCGAGUCAACCUGGUCCUGGCACUGAUUUACAACAUGGUGGGGAUACCCAUCGCUGCAGGUGUCUUCAUGCCCAUUGGUAUCGUGCUGCAGCCGUGGAUGGGCUCAGCGGCCAUGGCAGCCUCCUCCGUGUCUGUGGUGCUCUCUUCUCUGCAGCUCAAGUGCUACAGGAAGCCCGACCUGGAGAGGUACGAGGCACAGGCCCAUGGCCGCAUGAAGCCCCUGAGUGCAUCCCAGAUCAGCGUGCAUGUGGGCAUGGAUGACCGGCGGUGGGACUCCCCCAGGGUCACGCCGUGGGACCAGGUCAGCUACGUCAGCCAGGUGUCUCUGUCCUCCCUGACAUCCGACAGGCUGUCUCGGCAUAGUGCCACUGUGGAUGAUGGUGGGGACAAGUGGUCUCUACUCCUGAAUGACAGGGAUGAGGAACAGUACAUGUAAAAGCUCUAAGGGCGCAGAUCCAGGGCAGGGCAGGGCCAGCUCCUCCUGUGAGGACUCACAUCACUGGCUGUGGUUGGGCCAAGCGCAAUACAAACAGCAUGUGGGGGUGAAGCUUGCCCAAGUUUUGGGACCUCUCCCCACUCCCUGGAUCUUUCCAGUGUCCCUCCCUGCAUCUCUGUGCUUUGUUGAGGUGCCAUCAGAAGGGGUUGGGUAGGACAGCCCUUUGUGGGUCCUGCUGGUGUGGGGCAAAGGAUCCUGGCCUUCCUGUGCUGUUAGCAUGGAUCCUGGCUUGGAUGCAGGAGAGGAAUUCAGUGCUCCUCACAGACCUCUGCCUCUGUACCUGGGAGGACUACUUGAGAAAUGAACAAGCUCAUUAGGACCAUGCACUCGGCUGGGCCUCUUCACGAACUCACGGUGAGCGCGUCUCUGACAUCAUCCACAUGCCUCAUGGGUCUGAGGCCACCGUUUACCUCAAGCGCACCUGUUGCCUUCUGCUGGCACAGUUGCUUCCUUUUCUCCCCUUCUGUGUGCUUGGCUUCCUUCACACUGAGGCAGGACUGCUGCUCUUGGGCAUCUGCAGUACUCUGGCCCCUGCACUUAGCCUGAGCCUGCUCCCUGCCUGCACCCCUCCCUGGGAGCUCACUGUACCCCCCUUCACACUGAGGAGAAGUCCGCUUUGUUGCUGAACAGCUCCUGGGGAGUCCUGCCACUGCUGCUCCCCCACUAGAGUGAAGUUUCUGAGCCUGACUGGGAGUCCAAACCCAGCUUCCUUUGAGGCCCUGGGGCUCAUGAGCCUAGACACUCUGUGGGGGUCAUGUGCCUGAGGGACCUCCCUGUUACCUCAAAGGGCUCAGACAGUGCUGGUGCCUGGAGUCCCUGGAGCCCCUGCCAUGUGUGCCUGGCGGAAAUGCCUUGAGAGAGGACAGCAGUUCACGUGAGCCUUGUGUGUGCUGAGUGGAUACCCAGAAGGAGGGUAUAGCUCUCCAGGGGAAUGUCUGCUUUUUUUAAAAUAGCUCUAAAAAUAUCACCAGGUUGAUAAUCUGUAUUUCACAGAAAUACCCAAUACAAUUAAUACAAAAAUCCAUACAUUCUAUGGUUUCUAAACAUUUACCCCAUUAAUAGUUUUUGUGAGAGGCUGCUGUCCUUCAUGGUUCAGAGAAAGUUUAGAUGGCUGAUGUUUGUGAAAGCCCGACUUUUCUUCCUUUCUACCCAGCAAGUUAGUCUUUUUAGAAGCCUUGCCAGAUGUUUUCUUUGUUUGACUCUCCUUAUUACUGCUUAGUUGAUAGAUUUCAUUUUCUAGUUGCACAAUAAAUAGUCUGUGUUAAGUCUCAUAAUUCUUACUGACCAGGGACACCCAAUUUGACUCCACUUCUCUCAAUUUAGAUCCAGCUGUGAGUUGCAUGUUCAUUCACUGCCAGUUUAAAUCUUGAAUAUGUUUCCUUAACUUCUGAAGCUCUUUCUGUGUGUGUUCAAUCAUAUGAAUGAGAUUUUUGUUACUUUCCAGGCAUUACAUCCAUGCUGUGACAUUAGUUCCAGAUUCUCAAUUGAAACUGCUUGAUGCUCUAAUUGAGCCAUAGAACUGUUUACACAUUCCUGCCAUGCAGUAAUGUCAUUUUUCUGACCUGAGGAAGGGGCUGGAAGCUCAUACCAUUUCAUACUGAGCAACUCAAUUGGUUGUCAAUUUCAAAAGUAGAAUAAUCUGGGGCUGUUAAGUAGUUCAAUUAAUUCUUAGUAGAUUGGUAUCUGUGAGUUUCCUCCUUUACCUGCACCACAGCUGUUUCCUGUACGCCUGUUGCUUCAUAGCCUUGAUCAAAAUACAGCAGCGCAUCCACUACUACCUCUCUAGGCCACCAACCCCAUGCCUGCCUUUGCAGAGACUAUAGUCUUGCCUGCGUUUUCUGAGUUUGGAAUGACCACUUUUACCCUUCAGUGGCUCUUGUGGUAGUGUGGCAUUGGAGGGGCAGGGAUGGGCCAGGUUACAGACUCUGAAGUCAGUGGUGAUUGACAUGACCCCUGGGAGCAGGGUGACAGAAUCAGAUUACUCUAAGGUGAAACCUGGGUCUCACACACAAAAUAAUUGUAUUUAUUGAGCGUUGCUUAUUUGCCAGGGGCAAUGUCAGUGCUCUUUGUCAGUUUUACCUCUGAUCCUCCAACAAAAUAGCAAGGUAGCUAUUACUGUCCACAUUUUAUAGGCAAGGAAACGGCAAGAGAGGCUACGUGUCUUGCUUGAUAUCACACAGCCAAUAUACAUGCCAUCUCUGUUGGCUCUGAAGGUUUUUCUCUAAUUGUGCUACUGCCUUAUCAGUUUGCUUGAUAAGAAUAAACUAGAAAAAAGUCUUUGCUCUUGGAAGAGCACAUUUUCAAGUGAUGUAUUAGUUGUAUCAACUUAGAAUGCUUGGGCUGGAGAUGGUACCUCAGUGGUGCUGCGCCUGCCUGGCAAGUGCAAGGUCCUGAGUUUGAUCCCUGGUACCUGAAAAAACAAAACAAAAAAACUUAGAAUGCAGUUGGUCAUGAGUUCAUUUCACUUUCACUUUGGAUGAUUAGUUUCAAUUUUUACAUAUAAUACAAUUUUUGCUGGGUUUUAUAUUCUAAAAUCCAAGUUCAGGGUUUUGUUGUGUUUUAUUGUUUGCAGUCUUCACUUUUCUGCCAGCCCCCUCCCACUAUCCAUCCCCAUUCUGUCUUUUCUGUAUUCUUGCUUGGAAAUAUUUCUUAUUUUGGAAUUAGGCUAAUGAUUUUCUAAAGAUUCUAACUGUGUUAAGUUUUAAAACUUCUAGAACCAUUAGCAUCACAUUCAUAUAUAGAAUUGAAAAUAUUUAUAUAGUUGUACAGAAAGUAAACUUUUAGCUGUUAAGAGUAUCAGGAGUUUUGGGGUCAGAUAACAAUUGCUAUUUCAAAAAACGUUCCACACAAUAUGAAAGUAAAGUUUCAUUUUAUUCAUCUAAA